AUGGAGGGGACACUCGGGGACCGGAGGGGACACACAGGGACCGACGGGCACACUCGGGAACCCGAUGUGCCCUCACUGCGUGGGGACAAUCCCCUGUCACCAGCCGUACCGGGGGACACCGGCUCAGGUACCGCCACCGACGGGGACACGCGGGGACAGGAGGGGACACGCGGGGACCGACAGGGACACAGGGGUGACAGUACCGCGAGCGGAGGGGACACCGUGGCGGCGGGCGGGUGCGCGUGGGUGACAGCGCCGCGGGACAGGGCGGCACUCGAGGGGACAGGACGCGGGGGCCGCCGCCGGCUGUGUCACCCCCCCGCUGUCCCCUUGUCCCCAGCCGUGUCCCUGCCGAGCCCCUCCCUGGGCACAGAGCGCACGCCCCGGCCCCGGGACCCCCCUGGGGACACGGAGCCCGACGGGGACAAGGUGUGCGCCGUGUGCGGGGACAGGGCCAACGGGUACCACUUCCACGUCAUGAGCUGCGAGGGCUGCAAGGGCUUCUUCAGGCGCUCUGUCAUCAAAGGUGUCCGGUUCACGUGUCCCCUGGCGCGGCGCUGCCCUGUCACCAAGGCCAAGCGGCGACAGUGCCAGGCCUGUCGCCUCCAGAAGUGCCUCGAUGUGGGCAUGAGGAGGGACAUGAUCAUGUCGGAGGAGGCGCUGCGGCGGCGGCGGGAGCUGCGGGGCCAGCGGGGCCAGCUCGGGGGCCAGCGGGGCCAGCUCGGCGGACUGACGGGCGAGCAGCAGGAGCUCAUCGAGCUCCUCAUCGCCGCCCACCAGCGCACCUUCGACUCCAGCUUCUCCCAGUUCAUGCACUGCUGGCCCGCCGUGCGCCUGUUCGUGCCCGGCCCGCCGGCUCCGGCUGUCCCCACGGGGCUGUCGCUGUCGCUGUCGCCGUCGCCGUCGCCGUCGCCGUGCGAGGAGGCGCCGCCGGACGUGUUGUCUUUGCUGCCUCAGUUCGCCGACCUGAGCACGUUCAUGAUCCAGCAGGUGAUCAAAUUCGCCAAGGAGAUCCCGGUGUUCAGGAGUUUGUCCCUGGACACCCAAAUUUCGCUGCUGAAAGGGGCCACGCUGGGGAUUUGCCAGAUCCGCUUCAACACCGUCUUCAACGCCGACACCAAGGCCUGGGAGUGCGGGCAGCGCUGCUACACCAUCCGCGACGGGGCCCUGGCUGGGUUCCAGCAGGUCUACCUGGAGCCGCUGCUCAAGUUCCACGAGAGCCUGCGGCGGCUGCGGCUGCACGAGGCCGAGUACGCCCUGCUGCAGGCCAUGCUGCUCUUCUCGCCAGACAACGCCGGCAUCGCCCAGCGCGACGUCGUCGACCACUUCCAGGAGAAGGUGGCCCUGACCCUAAAGAGUUACAUCGACCACCAGCACCCCCCGUGCGAGGGCAGGUUCCUGUACGCCAAGCUGCUGCUGCUGCUGACGGAGCUGCAGACGCUGAAGGUGGAGAACACGCGGCAGAUCCUGCACAUCCAGGACCUGUCGGCCAUGACGCCGCUGCUCUCCGAGAUCAUCAGCUGA